AUGAAGGGAUACUAUGAUCUGCCGUCCAGUCUCCACUUUACACACAGGUACACAGCACCGGUCACCUUCAGGGCCUACAAUGACCAGGAAUUGCACGUGACGGGUGGGAAGCGGAUCCCAGCGUCCAUGUUCCACAAGGUCACGGAUAACUCUGUUCUUCAGAUGUUGCCACAGAAUGCCCGAGGCAAGGUUCUGCAGGUAAAGCUCUCGGACGCUGGAAUAUCUGACUAUGGCAAAAUCACACAAUUUGGUUUCUACAGACCAAUUUCGUGGUUGGAGCUCUUUAUCAACGGAAACCCAACACAUCUGGCUAGAUACCCGAAUGAGGGGUAUAUAGACGUCACCGCGGUCAGCAGCAAGACCGGCACCACCUUCACACACGGCUCCAGAGAGGAUGCACGAUGGAAACAUGAGAAGGAACCUUUGGCCAUUGGAUACUGGUACUGGAGCUUGGCUGAUGACGCUGUGAAAAUAUCGAAAAUAGACGCACAGAAACACCAGAUCACCCUGGCAGCCCAAACCCGAUAUGGACUGCGAAUUGGCCACUACAAUGAUGCUAAACUUCAAGGUUUCUCUAACCAGGGCGGCUACUUCCGGGUGUUUAAUAUGUUGUCAGAACUAGAUCAGCCGGGAGAAGUCUACCUAGACCGGUCUACUGGUAUCCUGUACGUGUGGCCCAACAUCCCACACGGCACCCUGGCCCACUCUGAUGUCAUCUACGCCUCCAUGGUCACAGACUGUAUUCGGGAGGUGAACAAUCUUCACUUCGAAGGCUUCACUGUUGAGGCUUGUCGGCGGUAUGGAUUUGAUCUGAACCAUGGUCACAAUAUUGACUUCAUGAUAAUGGAGAUAAAGAAUACAGGUGGCUAUGGCAUCCAUUGUUCUGGUGACUGUCGCUAUGUGACCGUGUCUUCGUGUGAGAUACAUCACACCUGUGGAGGAAUUGCAAUUACAGGUGGUGAUCGAAAGACACUAUCUCCAUCUGGCAAUCUGAUACAGGACAACCAUAUCUGGCAGUAUGCACGUGUCGGGGGCGUCGGCUACAACGCCAUCAGUUCCGGAGGAGGCAAUGAUCACGUGAUGGAAUACAACCAUGUACAUCACGUUUGUGUCAACUCCAGUGACUGUGGGGCCAUACACGCCGGGAGAGACUGGACAAUGCGAGGCAACGUCAUCCGCUACAACCACAUCCACCACACUCUGAGAUACGUCCCUGGAGCCCAGGUCCGAGGCAUCAUGCUGGACGACGAGUACUCCAGCGUCAACAUAGAACACAACGUCUUCUACGAUAACGAGGUCCACACCAACAUCGGCGGUGGUCGUGACAACAUCAUCCGCUACAACGUCUUCUACAACGCCACUGGCGACUCCAUACAAGUUGAUGGCAGGGGAUUGCGCAAUAUGCACGAAGCAGAUGUGAUGCAGCAUCUCAAGGCUGUGCCUUACACCAGCCCCCUGUGGACCAGCAGAUACCCUAAACUGUCGAACAUGUCGAACCCUCUUCCACCAGCAGGUAUGGCCGCAACGAAAUAUCAAAUAACAUAUUUUACAACGUACAUGGUGUCCCUAGCAUAUACUACUCUCAAGAGAGGCAUAGAAAAACCAGAGUACUUCAACGUCAGGAAUAACCACAAGUCUGUGUCACCUACUGACUUCUGGUCACGUGAUGAUGGCGACUUCCGGGUCAGAUGUCACGCACAAGAGUGGGCCAAUGCCAUCAAUUUCCCCCAGCCUCCCGAUGUAAACCACGUGGGACCACGCUACCCAACAGGACCCUGUACAUGCAACAACGUCAGUUUUGUUCUACUGUCCGGGUUAGAACUGGUCUCCAGCAACCCAUUCUUCGGUCCAACAGGCGCCAUGACUGUUGCUGGAAAACACUGUUACUUCGCCGACUACGGGUGUGUCAACCACGGCGGCGCCCACCCUGGGAGGCUGGAGGUUGAUGGCUACGGGGAGACUCACGGAGGACUCACAGACGAGGAGAAGUGUCUGGGCAGAGCUACUGCCCAGUGGACGUGGUGUGGGGCUGACCCUGCCCACCCCUACACAAGCAUCUAUGGCCCAACAGGUGCGACCAGACAUGUAGGGGGCGGAUGUUGGAUCAAGAUCUUGACCUGUCCUUCAGACAACAAACUGACUGGCUUCUUCUACGAUGCAUGGGGAGCCACCAACCUUGACACAGAUCAUGACUCCAGCGAGUGCUUGGCCAGGGCUGACUACUUCUGGCAACAUUGUGGGUCACAUCGAGACCACCCCAUCACAGCCUACUACAAACCCAAGGCAAUCUCUAGGACUUCGCCCUGAGAAAAUGUAUGAAUCGAAAAUAUAAACAUUUCUGAAUAUUUA